CUAUUUUUUUUCUAUUUAUUCGUCCAAAAGUUAGUGAAAGAUUUGUCCUGCCAUGUUUAAGAGUCUGUGUUUGUGGUUACUUUAAACUGCUCACAAUUCAAAGCGUUUGUCGUAUACUCAACGAAAGAGAAUGUCGUGAUUCGUAAAACCGCAUUCUUGGCAAGCGAUUGUGUGGUGCAAAUUAGUCGACUGGCAUGCUGCUAACGCAGUUAACCAAUGUACGAGGCGCAUUCUUUUUAAUUUGUUGUACUUGCCGGACGCAUUGUUAAGUCGCCGUAGGCUACCGUGUGAAACCCUUUUAUAUUAACUGAGUCAGCGGGUAGAAAGUCUUGUAUAUAACCCAAACAGUUCUUAUAUGAAAUGAAGUCGAAUCGACGGCACAUUUGAGCACUGAAUAGAUGUUGGACUCCAGCCUUCGCAUAUAGAAUUUCUGCUCUCUUGCGAAUUCUGUACUGGAACGAUGCCUUGCACAGCUGUGUACUUCGCUCAAUGUCUGGGUCGUUAUCCUAUCUAUAUAGUGUGAAAAUCUGGAAUAAGCCUAUAAUUAUAUUAUUUUCUGUAAUAUUACUGUGGUGAUAAAACUUAGAAAAAUCGUAGCCUCCAACGCGUAGAUAGCUUGUGUAACCAGCAUGGAAUUAGACGGUUUAGAACGACAAGGAAAGAGCUAUUACGAUAAGAGGCUCCUCAUUCUUAUAUUUUUAUCAAGCCUUCCGAAUGCUUUCAUUACGCUGCAAUCUAUUGCUGUGCAAUACCAACCACCUUAUCGAUGCGAUAUCUCUGUACUCCCUUUCCACGCAAAUUCCGAUAGUUUAAAGAAUUGGAACGAAACUGAUCUAAACGCUACGAUUCCGUGGGUACUGGACAGCAGUGGUAAAAUUGUUAGGAGCUCUUGUACAAUGUACAAUAUCACUCCAGUACAUUUGUCAGGCCUUUCACUUUCACAAGUAAACAAAAGUGACAUUGUUCCAUGCACGAAUUACUACUUUGACGGGGUUGAGAAGUCAGCUACAACAGAGUUUGAGAUGGUCUGCCAACAAGCUUGGAUACAAAAAAUAAUGAUUUCAAUUUAUUUCACUGGUGGUUUGGUUUUCUCUUUAAUUGGAAGUUAUAUCUCAGACAGGUGCGGUCGCAAGCCGGUAUUCCUCAUCUUUACUUUUCUUCAGUUUGCAACAUCUAUCGCAGCGAGUUUCAGUGAUAGUCUAAUAACUUAUGGCAGUACUAUGUUUCUGUCUGGUGGGGCAAACAUGAUUAAUUUUAUGACAACCGUCGUUCUAGGAACAGAGAUGCUUUCACAAAACAAUCGGUAUCAUUCAUACUUCUUAGCGGAAAUUGGAUUUUCUGUUGGAUAUUUAUUGAUGCCGCUGUUGGCUUUCCUUCUGCGUGACUGGAGAUGGUAUUUAAGGAGCAUUGGUUUCAUGGGUGUUCUAUACAUCCCAUACUUCUGGUUAAUAGACGAAUCUCCGAAGUGGCUUUUGGCAACAGGAAAUUUCAAAGGCGCGAAAAAGGUACAAGAAAAAGUACGAAAGUUGAAUGGAGAAUCACCGGGCGUGAAAUUAGUAGCAGAUUGCGAUGAAGUUGUGGCAACAAAAUCGAACGUAUGGAAAACUUUAAAGGGGAUGAUGGAACACCCUGUUUUGAUAUGGAGACUUGUGAUCAUAACUUUUGGGUGGUUUGUGGUGAACGUUUUGUACUAUGCAAUAGCUUUGAAUACGAACAGCUUGAGCGGCGACCGUUUCCUCAACGUGUUUUACGCUGGAAUAGCAGAGUUUGUUGCAACGUUGUUAUAUUUCCUUGUUGUCUCAAAAUGGGGUUGCAAGAAUUGCUACUGUAUCACAAUGUGUAUAGCGUCAAUAAUGCUUCUAUUGACACCACUGUUUGCUAAGUGGAACUCUAUACUAGUAAUUAUAGCCACCAUGAUGUGCAAGUUAUGUUCGUCAAUUUGCUUCAACUUACUGUAUGUUUACACGACUCUGCUCUUCCCAACGUGUGCACGUAACUUAGCAGUUGGAAUUUCGAACAGCGGCGGCAGGAUCGGUAGCAUUGUCUCUCCCUAUGUAAUGUAUUCAGGAGGAAUGGACAGUUCUACAAUCCCAAUUAUUGUAGUCGGUGUCAUAGCUCUAUGUUCGACCGGAAUAAUAUUUUUCGUGCUUCCCAAUUCUAAACAAGAAGACUUGCCACAAACUGUAGAAGAUGCGUUGGCUUUAAAAAGGGACUUCAACUACUGCGGUCAAAGGAUAGUCUUAAAUGGAGCUAAGACAAGAAUAGAAAAUGAUCCGAUCGAUGGACCUUCUAAGAGUUCAACAGAAAAGCAAACUUUAGUUGCCUAACAUACAAACGGGUUAUGUACAAGGUCGAAAUUUUAUCUGCGAAAAUCGAAACGCUGUUUUGGCAAUGGAAAGUUUAUACUCGUCUGUCGUAUUUGAAAGUUAUUGUAUAAAUUACCAUAUACCCGGUAUAAAUUGGCUACGUGAUGUAAAUGGAUAAAUUGCCUGAUAUGUAAGUAGUGUAAACUCAAACGUAAUUUUUGUAAUGUGUGUACAUAUAUACAAUAAUGAAUGAGAAACGGUUUGGGUGUACUGGCAUUUUACGGACGCUUUCACAAAAUGUAAUGUUCUCUUUCCAACGUGUUGUAAAAAAAGCAACUGGUUUUUCGGAACUGAUUUAUAACGUUAGCAACAUGACGUCUAUAUGCUGCUUUCCAUUGCACAAAUACGUUGCAUAGGGAGCACGCAUAUAUAUAUAUAUAUAUAUAUAUGCGACAGUUAGUCGGUAUAUAGCAUGCAAGUUGUAAUUGCUUCAGCAUAAACACUCCAUAUCUUCGCACCACACAAUUUCAUUAAGAUGGCAAAUCAUAACAGUACCGUGUAUGAAGUGGGGGGAAAUAGAACACCUUUUCAUUCUUUUUUCUUGGCCCAUUUAGUGAUAAACAAAGAACAUUCAAAGAAUUAUAAAACCGUUUCCUUACAACCCCCGUAGAGCGUUGUUAUUUUCCUAAAAAACGAUCAGGAUAUUUAGAUAUUAUGUGCUAACGGUGUCCCGUCUCCCCCCACCUUACAAUACCAAUUUAUAACAGUGUGGUCAACAUGAAUAUACAUAUAUAUUAAAACGGUAUAUUAUACUAACUUAAAACCCCUGCGCUUACAAUUAAUGCUAAAUCAUUUUAAUCAAUUAUUAGAACAUUGGCAAUUGAUCAUUUCAGCACACUAUUAUUACUUGCAUACAAUGCAAUGCAACCCCUAUAUCUGUGAUCAGA